AUGAGACUGUCUGCAGCACAUUUAUGGCGUUGGAGGGAUUUGUGGGAGCUGCUGGUUAAUUCGCAUUCGGAUAGCUCUUUUGUAUUUCGCGAUCCAUUAGAUUUCAUCACUGCUGUAGAUCAACAGAAUCCCGCAAUAUCCUCAGCAGUAUGCUUCGAUUCCUACUCGAAGCGUAUCGGUGAUUUUAUCUGCCGACAACUCGGCUCUAGUAAGGUUGCUUAUGCGGAAAAAGUUUCACUUACGAAUCGAUCAGUCGUGAACGUGCUGUGUGGAUUAAGGAGCUGUGCUGUGCUCACGGCUCAAAGCUGUAACGAUGGAGUGAAACUGAAAUGCGAUACUGACGACGAGAUUGCCUCGAGCUGUCCAGCCGGAGAGGUGCGAUGCGGUGACAGUCAAGACUGUGUUGAUGUGGAAUUUCUGUGUGAUUAUGAGACUGAUUGUCCGAAUGGGUGGGAUGAGAUGAACUGUCCCGACUGGCUUAGAAAUUUUACCAAAGUUGGUGAAUCCGAAUUAAGUGAUUCAAUAGUUGAAGUAUGGACACAUGUUCCACAUCCUCAAGUUUGUGCUCAUCGUUGUUUGAGCAGUGAAACAUUCGAAUGUGUUUCAUUUUCUUAUAAUGUCGUUGCGAGGGUUUGCGCGUUAGCCAGAGGUGUCUCAUCCACAUCGCUACGUCCCAAGUUCAAUAGUACAUUCUACACGCGAAUCUUCCAUCCUGGCAGAGAGUCGAUUUCAUCCCGUCUCUCGAACGGCUAUCUCGAAUUGCGAAAGGGAUCAUCGAUUUGGGCCGGAGUUUGCUCCAUCAAUUAUACUCGAUCAAAUGAGAGAUACGUCUGUGAGAAAUUUGGAUAUCAGAGUGUUCGUAAUGUGGGUGCUCAUCUAAGAGGGUCACACUGGUCGAUUGAAUGUAUUCGGUCAUCGAGCUGCUCACUGCCGGAUAUCCAUUCAUGCACACAAUCCCUUCAGUGUAACCAGUGCGGUGCUGGAAAGUUUGCGUGUGCUUCUGGUGAAUGCAUCAGUGUCGAGAAUGUUUGCGAUUCUCGUCCCGAUUGCGCAACCGGUGAUGAUGAACACCAUUGUGAAGAUAUUGAGUGGCGGAUUGUUAUUAUUGCUCAGACGAACAGAGGUCGGCUCGAGGUUCGAUUCGACGACGUCUGGCAACCAGUUUGCGCAGAUUCCUUAAGUGAUUCACACGUUCCUACUCUCUGCAAACUCAUCCGGUCAAGGAAUAGAACAAAUGUUAUUGCGGAUACGACAAAUGAGCUGAACCCGACGAUGGGAUGGCGAAUCAAGUGUAGUGAAAGCAUUUGCCGACUGGAUGGACAGCAAAAUUGCAGAAACUCAUAUGCUCGUCUUCAGUGUUCAUCUGAGAACGAUGCUCCAACAUGUGGUGCACGUUAUGUGGAUAUGGUAGCGCGUGAUCCACGCAAGCAUCGAUACGCUCGUGUCGUCGGUGGAUUCGAUGCUGUACCGGCUGCAUUCCCGUGGACUGCAGCAUUACACAUGAAAAGCGAUCACAGACUUCAUUGUGGUGCUUCAAUUCUUUCCGACAGAUUCCUUCUGACUGCGGCGCAUUGUUUUGACGAGAAUUCGGACGCGACUCACUAUGAAGUAAUUGUUGGUGAUUGGGAUAUCAUCGAGGAGGAAGGGAGUGAACAGAUUCUGAAUAUAUCACGUAUUAUUAAGUAUCCCUCUUAUAAAGAUCUAUUCGCUGACGAUGUUGCAUUGGUAGAGGUCAAUCGAAGUAUUCGAUUUGGCAAAUUUGUUCAACCGAUAUGUCUUCCAACCACUGAUUUUGACUAUCAUCCGGGCAGAAAAUGCGUUGUCUCAGGAUGGGGGAGACUUGGCGAAGCGUCGUCAGUGGAUUAUCCAAAAAUACUACAAGCAGCAACGAUACCGAUCUUGAAUCGUGAUGAAUGCCUCGAAUCCUCUGAAGUCUACCAGUCUAUUAGUUCGUCAGCAUUUUGUGCAGGUUAUUUGAGUGGUGGCAUUGAUACAUGUCAAGGAGACUCUGGAGGACCGUUUGCAUGUCAGAUUGAUGGUAACCGCUUAUUGUCAGCUUUUACCCUCUUCAUUUCAGAACUCUACUAUUUGGCUGGCGUGAUCAGUUGGGGCGAUGGUUGUGCUCUGCGUGGUCGACCGGGUAUCUACACAAUGGUUGUGCCUUACCUCAGCUGGAUAAAACGAAUUGUUCAUUCAACAGCAGAAUGA